AAAAGGGAGGUGCAAGAGGCGGCCGCAAAAAGCCGUUUGGUUUUUGUUCGGUUCGUAAUCCUAAGUUCCUAACAGAAAGAGCAGCACACAAAUAGUGAUUUAAUUAUUGUUUUACUUUAUUCGAGUAGGAAUCAAAAUCAUGACUACGCUUGUCAUCUUCCCUAGACGUGCUGGGAAAACCAAGGCUGGUGAUUAUUCUGCUCCCAAAGAGCUUACCAUCCAGCCUCGAGGUCAUGUGUUGCCUAUUGUCAGGGACAAGCCCGUGACUGACCUUGUCAAGAUCACCGAAGAGAUGAGAUCAUUCAAUGCUUAUGCCAAACUGCGUGUUGAGAGAGCAAACAAACGUCAUUUGGGUGCAAGGUUGAAGAGGGCUGCAGAGGCUAAGUAAAGACUACUAGAUGCAAUGGAGAUCAGAGGUUCUUUUACUUUUUAGAUGUCUUGCUUUAUAACACUUUGUUGAAAUGGAGAAGAUGGUAAUGGCUAUUUUGGAACUUGGUUGGCUUUAAUAUAAUUUUUCU